UUUCUGAUCCUAUGGGCGAAGCGAACGGUCGUCUGAUUUAUUGAAAAUUUGUUGCGGAAAAGAAAUUUUAACAUGUUGAAGAUUUGUAUUAAAGUUUUCUUGUUGUUAUUGGGUAUUGGAAUUUCAAACUCUUACAAUAUAUCAAUUGACACGGAAAAUAGUUCUUGUAUGAGUGUACUCAAAAAUAAUGUAUUUCAUACAAUAUUUUUUAUUGCCGACAAUGAUACAGACGAAAAACUGACCGAUUGCUUUCUUAAGAAAAUUCAUCUAAGCCAAUCCAUAUUAUUGCUACGUGGUUUUGAAGAAAAGCCUCCAAAUAAACAAAGAACUACAAAUCAACCGAAUUUUGUAAUGCUAACGAAAGGCUUAAAUCAAGACUACCUCAAUGAUUCUUCAUUAAAACUGUUUUUUAGAUCUCACUGGAACUUCGUAUUCAUUGUGGUAAUAUCGAAUGAAACAAGUACGACAUGUGUAGAUGGAAAACUUGCAGAUGAUGGGCUUCUGCGCAUACAAAAAUUUUUCAACGACCUUUGGCAUACAUACACCAUGAUAAAUGUCAUAAUGACAUUCCCUGUUUCUUGCCCCAACACAUACGUAAUUUAUGAUGGAAAACAGAAAACCAACGCAAGUUUAUAUGACAGAACCAUCAAACUUGUUCAACCGAGAAGCUUUAAUGAACUGUUUCAAUACAUUAGCGAUAGUGGAAAAGAAUUAUCGGAAGGGUAUCCCCUUAGAGCUGGGAUGUUUAACAGAUUUCCAACUUCUAUCACUAAAUGUGAUAAAAUUCACUAUUACGUGCCAUACGAUAAAGAUAUUGCCGAUGGUUUUUGUGGUUCCGAUGGAUUGAUAAUGCAGGAUACAUUGAAAUAUUUUAAAUUUAAUACUAUAUUUUCCAGGGAUAAGAAUUGCGAUAGAUACGGUUAUAUGAAUAGAGUUAAGGGUACAGUAACAGGGAGUCUCGGUUGCAUAAUCAAUGGCGAAAUAAAUAUUUCUUUUAAUUCAAGGUUCAUGGUACCCUAUACAGAUGAUCGGUUUAAUUAUAUAUAUUUUAUAUCGUACGAUUCUCUCUGUGCAGUCUUAUCGAUUCCAGAGGCACACCCUCUUUGGUAUUAUCCGCUUAACGAUUUGGAACUAAAGUCGUGGCUGUUAAUAUUAGCAAUUAUUUUCACUGCAGCUGUUGUGACUAAAAUUUUACAAUCAUCUAAGAAGGAUCUUAAAGAGAAAAAUAGUUUCAAAAUUUUAUUUUACGACUACUUCGCUUGCAUGCUACUCGGCUUUUCGUUGAGCCGUAAAUCAAACCACUGCAUUCUACGGGGAGGCUGCCUUUGUGCUUCAAUUGUCUUUUUGGCGAUUUAUCAAGGGCAUAUCAACUUUAGAUUCACUACGCUCACCAGAUACCCAAAAAUAAAAACUCUUCAGGAGUUAUAUGCCUCGAACAACGUUCUGUAUACUUCAGCGUCAGUCAGAGAUCUCUUAAGGCCACUAGAAAAUCCGAACAACACUAUGCAAGCAGCGUUUUUGAAGAAAACGAAACUUCAUCUGCCGACAGAUAUUGGUGUAAUACUAAAAAUUAAGGAUAGCGUGACGCUGGGCCGUAAAACUGACGUGAUCACUGAAAUAUCACUGAAAUAUUUGUCCGACAAUGGAACGCCGUUGGUAUACCAGGUUGAUCAAUGUUUCGAUUCAUAUUAUUUAUCAUAUAUCUCGAGAUUCGGAUUUCCUUUCACGAAACAACUGCGAAUAUUUAUGCAGCGAUUGCUGGAAGCGGGCCUGCCAAACGCGUAUUAUCGUUGGACAACACAAGCGUUAGGUCGUCCGCAGAAAUGGACUGACCAAAAGGUCGAACCUCGAACUUUCUCGAAGAUAACAAUGCAAGAUCAACGCAUACCAUUCUGUUUGUUGCUCUUUGGAUACAUUGUGGCUACGAUUACGUUCGCUUUCGAGAAAUUCCGGUGAAUUAGAUAAAUUUAAGUGUAAAACAUUUGUCGUCCGAGUAUUGGUUACAUAGACUAGAGCACUUGAUAGACAGCACUUGGUAGGGUAGUAGUUCGAAUACUGAAAUUCAGUAGUACUUCUUAAAUUCUACGAUUUUCGCACAAAAGCUGCCAAGGCAGAAAAUUUACUUAGUAGCAUUUAGAUAUAGUAUGUUUGUUGCGUCAAUAAAAACGUUUAAUUCACGUUUAAUUAUCUCGGAUAAUUUACUGGUGGUAGGACCUCUUGUGAGUCCGCACAUGUAGGUACCCCACCACCCCGCCUAUUUCUGCCAUGAAGCAGUAAUGCGUUUCGGUUUGAAGGGUGGGGCAGCCGUUGUAACUGUACUUGAGACCUAAGAACUUAUAUCUCAAGGUGGGUGGCGCAUUUACGUUGUAGAUGUCUAUGGGCUCCAGUAACCACUCAACACCAGGUGGGCUGUGAGCUCGUCCACCCAUCUAAGCAAUAAAAAAAAUUAAUAACAAUAAUAAUACCCCUAAAUCAAGUCUUAUAAUAAAAUAUAAAAUGAUGUUUUUCAAGCGAUAGAAGUAUUACGAUAAUUUUAAAAAUAAUAAAUCUAUAAAAAUUAUUUAAUGCAAUAUUCAUGAUCGGAAAUUCAGUUUCCAAGGUUCGGUUUCUUAAUUUAAUUUAGAUUUAAAAUUUUAAGAUUUUACGCAAACAUUUUUAUGUUAGGUAUAGUAAGCGGCACGUAAGUUGGCAAGGUUUUGGUGUAGUGGGGGUAAUGUCGCGCAUAGUGCACAUUGCAACAAAAAAUGGUCACUUUUAUUGCCCGCAUUUAAUUUAAUUUAAUUUUUUAUUUGCCAUAAUUUAUUUUUAAGCCUGUGUGUUUUGAAGAAAGUUAAUGAAAAGCGAGGAAUUCGUGAAGUGUAUUAGGUGUUAUAAAUAAAAUACAAUUAAAAGUUAAGUAGUUUAUUUUAAAAAAUAUACUUAAUAUUAAAAAUUAUGUGUCGCCGUCGUCACUAUCAUUUUCUAAUAGUGCUACCCCUUGGAUUAAAUUUAUGGUAGGACCUGAGCUGGUGGAAGGAGUUGGCUCCUCAUCGUCGAUAUAACGACGAGUCGCUGUCGUCACUGGCGUAUAUAAUAAAACGCUCAGUGACUGAAUCGACUAUAUGGUCAUUGGUAUUUGGUCCUGGCAUUGCAAACAAAUUUAAAAGAAUAAUACUUGUAACAAAAACUAAAUUUAAAACAAUAAUAACAAGUCGUAACAAAAACUGAAUAUAAACAAAGGGUUCCUACAAUUUAGUAGGCGCAUGUGUAAUCAGGAGCGAACGGAACGUGGACGCGGUGCGGGAGGGGAGGAUCGACUGACUCACCAAUCGCGCGCUCGGAACGGUGCUACGUCUUUCCCCGCGUCCCGCUUGACAACCAAAGAGACCUAAAAAACGACUUCUGCGCAUCUAACGACUCUUGCCAAGUUACGUGCCGGGGACUAUACAUAUAUUUUUUCUCAUAUAUUUCAAUGUACAUAAAAGUAAUAUACAAGAUUACAAUAAUGAAAAGUUUAAUGGAUCAACUUUUUUUUUCUAUUCAUUGUAUGUAAUGUUAUAUUGAAACACAAUUUAAUUUAUUAAACAUUAAAUUAAUUUAUUAUAAUCACGAGAA